AUGAAUUUCCUCGCCGUGAAAAGCUAUCUUUUCAUCCUUGUCGUAUUGAUCUUAGCUAUUUUCAUCGCCUCGGACGAUGCGGACGACACCGCUCUGGCCGCCGAGGAUGCACCGGCAGUGGAAGAUCCAAGCGCAACUAACCUUCCUAGUACAGUGGCCGCAAGUGCGGCCAAUCAUACUUUGUGCUAUGACUACUUCUUGCAAAAGGACGGGUGUGUCCAGUCCUCUGUAGAUAUGCCUUGCACUGGAGAUCCCAAUGCACCCAUUACGGCCGACUAUGCCGGAAUAAUGGGAGAUGUACCGGAGAAUCAACGAUUCCGUCGACGGUACGAUACAACCAACGGGUCUGUGAGCAUCCAUGGCGGUGGCGGGAUCUGCGGUCCUUAUGAUCCUAGCACGGUCUCAGGUGUUUGUCUGUGGUCCGGGACGAGUUGGGUCAACGGGGCAGACCCUCAGACCGCGGGAUGGUUAAACUGGGCCGGAAAUGGAAACUGUGGCAAGCAGAUUUUCAUCCAACGACAGAAUCAGCCGGAGACCGUGCAAGUAGCCAAGGUACUAGAUGGUUGUAAUUUUUAUACUACGGAUCCCGCGGUAGGAUGCUUUCAAAUAUGGAUGACGAAGAGUCUCUUUGACAAAUUCAAUCCAACUGCAGAGGAAGAUCGAAGUUUACUCAUAGCUUCCCCGUUCACCUGGAAUUUUGAUAAUCUUGACGGGCAAACGCCUGAAAACGCACCAUUAUAA